AUGCAAGGAAUCGAAUGUGAAUAUACUAACGAAAUUGUCAUGGAAGGAAUCAGAGCCAUGUUGAGCGAUUUAGAAGCUCAAUUCACUUUCAAACAGAAACAUCGGCUGAGGCCUAAAGCUUGCACAAAAUGCGGCACAAUACGAACUUUUGAACAUCUUGGUAAAUUUACCAUCGGAAACUUCUUGGAGCUAUUCAGCGAGCUGGAAAUCUCUGUUCCGAUAUCAGGUGACCUAAAGUCUAAGGUUCCGAGAAGCAUUGAGUACAUCAAGGAUGACACACCGAUACCAACUCUGAAGCUGUUUAUGGACGAUAGCUGUCUGACGACCGCACGUGCAGAGGAUAUGCAAACGUUACUCAAUGUGUUUCAGAAGUACGUGGACUGGUCCAGAUUUAAGUUAAAGUCCUCCAAGUCCAGAGCACUGGUGUUGAAGAAGGGAGUGGCUGUGAGGUGGGUUGAGGAGGUAGUGGUAGGACAGGAGGAGGUGGAGAGAGAAGAGGUGUGUUUGCAGUUGGGUGGUGAGGUGAUUCCGAAUGUGUCAGAGAAGCCGAUAAAAUUCCUUGGGAGAUGGAUAAGAGUGGAAGGAAAUGACAAAUCAGUCAUCGACUCAACCAAGGUCGACCUUAACACUUUUCUUCGGAGACUCGAUGAAAGUUCCCUUACUGGACUCCAGAAGUGCUGGGGAUAUCAGUACAUGGUCCUUCCAAAACUGAAGUGGCCUCUUGCCAUCUAUGAUAUUCCGAUCACAACAGUUACCAGAUGGGAACAGAAUACCAAUAGUUUCCUCAGGAAGUGGUUAGGGGUGGGGCACACUCUGAGUGGUCUUUGUCUGUUCAGUCAAUCAUCCAGUGUGGCCUUACCGGUGAGCAGUUUGACAGAUACAUGGAAGAUAGAGAAGUGUCGACUGUUGCAAUCCUAUCAGACAUCUAAGGAUGACCUGAUUAAAGCAGUCCAGCCCCAAGUUCGUUCUGGUAGAGUUUGGAGGCCUGAGACAGAACUGGAAGAGGCCAGAAGAGAUUUGGUCUGUGAAUCGGUGCGAGGGAUGGUGCAACCUCAAAAAAGAGUUGGCAUCGGUUUUGGUGACUGGAAAAAACCUUGGGAGAGGAUGGAUGAACGGGAAAGAGAGAGGGAGGUUAUGCUGAGAGUGAAGGAGAACAUUGAAAGAGAGAGGGAGGUGCAAGUAGGUUCUCUGGAGAUGCAGAGCAGGUGGGGUGAGUGGAGAGAGCUCGUAAUGAAGACGGAUUUGAGCUGGCAUACACUUUUUAAGUAUGGUGACUCACUUAUUGGGUUCAUGCUAAGUGCAGUGUACGGCACCCUCUUAACCCCCUCUAUGGUUUCCAAGUGGAGUGAAGAUGAGGAUGGGAAGUGCAAGUUAUGUGAGGAGAGGAUGGGCACCAUUCAGCACAUUUUGGCUGGGUGUAAGGUGGCCCUUAGUCAAGGUAUAGAUGGCGGCACGACAAGGUUCUGA